GCAAGCUCCUGUCCUAUCUCCCCAAGGAGAUAUCAAUGCAGGUACGUGACGUUAUCAUUUCUCAGACCGAAAACCGCUAUGAGGCUCUCAAAGAGGCCACGAUUAAGCGUGUUAUGCCCUCUGAGAAAGUUCGCCUGCAACAGCUUUUCAGGGAUCUGCAAUUGGGCGACAAACUGCCCUCAACCCUGCUACGCGAGAUGCAGCAACUCCUUGGUUCAUCAACCAUGGACGAGACUUUACUUCGCGAACUAUGGCUACAACGGCUACCGGAAAACACACAAGCGAUUCUCGCUACAGUGAGCUCCGUUCCGCUCACUCAACUAGCAGACUUAGCGGAUCGAGUUAUUGAACGAUCACAGCCACAGGCCAACGCCAGCAAGGUCCAUGCCGUCGCGUCCCAGGGCACUUCUAUCACUGGCUUACAGUCAACUAUAGAAGCCCUGCAAACACAAGUUGCGACACUUAGUCGCCAGGUGCAACAGCUCACUAUGAACCCGUCGUCGUCCUAGCCGAUCAAAAUCGCCCUGCAAACGUUCUAAGUCUAGAAACAGGCAGGCUAGCUGUUGGUACCACCAGCGUUUUGGUACCGCAGCUCGUAAAUGUGUCAAGCCUUGCAACUACGCCGAGCAGCAGG